CCCAUCGACAAAAUUUAGCAAAAACUUUCCCAAUAAUUCUCCUGUCCUCUCCGUCCGUUCACCUCCGCCCUCCAAUUCCAGUUCGCUCCCCAUCUCUCAACUAAAGUGGGGUCAAGCAACCAUUUUUCCCUCUCGCUGUGAGGAAUCUUGAUCUGGGCUUUUGUUGUUAUGCAAAUGAUUUUAUGGGUUUUUUUAGUUUUUUUAUUUGAUGAAAUUGAGCUUUGUAGUAGUUUUAGUUGGGUGUAGUGUAGUGGGAUAGAGAGUGAUGACGCCUCAGCCAAGAAGAAAGAAAUGGACUGAGGCAGAGGAGAGGACUCUAAUAGAUAAGUAUGGCGAUAUGACUUGUGAUGGGACUUUAUCUAAGAUGAAAACUAGGGAGAAGAAAUAUAGGCCUAUUGCUUUACAUGUGAAUUCUGUGCACCAUGUCCGAGACCCGGUGUCGUAUCCGUGGCAAUGGAGUUGGAAAGAUGUGUCUACGAAGGUGCAGAACAUGAGGCAUCAGUAUGCCCUAGUUAAGCAGAAGAUCAAGAAGCCCGAGUCUUCGAUUAGGGGGUCGGGCGAGGAUGAGUUUGAUUGGUUGGAAGGGAUUACACAUUGGUCCAACUUUCUUAGGUAUAAGGAGGUGUUUGGGGAUGUGCCACUUGUGUUUGCAAGCAAUGAUGGGGUUGGAGGGGGGAAUGAUUGUUACGAAGGGGAUGAUAUCAUCCCGUUCGGGCAGCUGGGGGAGGUGGGGGAAGGGGGUUUCGUGGCUGGGAUUGAUGGGGUUGAGAAUGGGGUGAUGGAUUUGGAGUUUGAUUAUGAUGGGGAGGAGGGGGAAGACAAUUACAACGGAGGGAGUAAGAGUGAUGCUUGUAUGAGGGAAGAUGCUGGUGCGAGAUUUGUAUGUGAAGCUAUAGAGCCGGAUAUGAGGAAGAAGAGGAAGGUGUUGAAAGGGAUGGAGAAGAAAGCGUGGGGUUUCCUUUUUAACCAGCUGGGGAGCUUGAAGGAGAUGGAAGCUCGGAGUGAGCAGCGUGAGGGGGAGAGAGAGAGGGAGAGGCAAAGAAGGGACCAGCUCCGGAUGGAGAUGGAGAAAGAGCGUGAGAGGAAGUGGGAAGAAAUGGAGAAGGAUCGAGAAGUUAGGGAGAACAAUAGGGACAAGUUAAGGAGGAAGUGGAUUCAAGAAUGGGAAGCUAUGGAGAGGGAGAAUGAAGAGCGAGAGAGAAGAAGAAGAGACGAGGAGUUAAGGAACCAGAGGGAAUGGGAGGAGAGGAUGAACCGGAGGAGAUCAGAAUGGAAGAAGAGGAUGGAUGAGACGUUGAGUCAACACCGAGCUGAAAUAGGCCAGAUUCAGGCGAGGAUAAUCCACGAGCAACAGAAUCUUACCAGUCAGUUGAUUGGAAUUGUUUCACAGUGGACUGGCCAUCCCUCGGCACUCUCUGAUCACGCUGGAGCGAGUAGCCAUUAUAUGUCGCAGAUGAUACAGAACAUGCACCAUGUGAAUGGUAUGGUUCAUGGUGAUGCACGGGUCGAGGGGGAUGAUAACCAAGAAGAUCAGUUCAUUGUUGAUGGUUAGCGCCUUGAUUGAACCGACCUACAGAGUGUCUUUUUAUCUGCUGUUCGAAGGAGCCUGAGGAACUGAAUCAGAUGUCUGUAUUAUAGCUUUUAGUUUAUAUUCUUUGCUUUUUUUUUCACCUGGAAACUCUUUUGAUCUGAUAUAGUGUAGCAUACAAUAAUUUAUUCCUCA